AUGUAUGGUGAUAAGACAAUAGUGACUAAAAAUGCAAUAACUAAUUCUAUUUAUUCUCUUAUUCGUGAUAAGACGAAAUAUUUAUUAUGGACAGAUGUGAAGCAAAUUAUUAAUACAUAUAAUAAUGAAAAGACUAAAGAUAAAGUUAAACGAGAUAUUUUGAAGCGUCUUUAUCGACGUUUCAUUCGAGUGAAUGUGUUUGUUUCAAAUACUAAGAUGGUGAAAGAUACUUAUAAGGACUACGUUCGAUAUAAGUUUAUUAAAGAGGAUUAUCACUUGAAAGAGAGUAUUAUUUCCUCCCUUGAUAAUCCUAAAAGUAUAGCUUCCGAUUCAAUUCCAAGUGAAAUUGAGACUAUCGUGAAAAGUUUUGAAUUUGUUAUCAAAGCGAUAAGUUAUAUACCAGAAGAUAGUUCCAAGGGAUGUACAUAUGAUAUUGCAAGAGAUAAUACUAUUUGUAGACAAAUUUUGAAAAAUAUUUUGACUAUUGAACAUGAAAAGAUGAAACAAUUAAUUCCACAAUCUAUACCAUGGAAUGAUGAAAAAAUAAGGGUUUCAACUCCCUAUCUUGAUUAUAGAAUUCAGUUUAACCAUUUGAAGAAAGUUAUGAAGUACAGAAAUAAUAAUGAUAAGGGGAUUACUACUAAUGAUGAUACCAAGAAGAAGAGUGAGAAGAAAAAAUCGGCUAUAACGAAUAAAUUAGAUCUUCAGCUUCAAGCUAUUGGAGAAUUUGAUAAAUGUUUAAUAUAUUUAAAUAAAUCUCUAGGGACAAGACUAUAA